AUGGAUCUGACAGGCAUCGUUGUCCUGAUCGCGGCUUCGUACUUCGCAGGUAUCGCCCUGGGCUACCGUUGCUAUCCUGCCUUGCGCGGUUUUUAUCUCGCUUACGCGGCAUUUGUUUCCCUUGCGCUGGCCGUGCCUCUGUUGAAGCCAGAUUUGGUGAAGGACUUGGCUCAGCACAUGGUGUUGUGCGUGGUCCUUGGACUGGUCCCUGCAGUGCACUUUCUAUGUACUGCUAGUGGCAAGGAGGCAGCGUGUGUGCUCCCCUACCUGCUGCUGAUGUUUGGCAGCUACGGUGCAGGGGCUUGCUUCUACUUCGCCCGAUGGCCCGAGCGUCAUUGGCCAGGAUAUUUCGACAUCAUUGGCCACAGCCAUCAGUUCUGGCACAUUUUCGUGCUGCUGGCAGCCGUAUGUUGGCUGCAGGGAUGUCAUGCCAUGAUGACCGAGCUGACUCUCUGUGAGGAGGCCGUGGCGCAGGAGGGCUCCGUACUUUUACCCUGA